AUGCCACAGCUUCCAAGAAGACAUCAACGAAUAGAAGACGAAUCAUCGUCCUCACAAAAUAGCGAUAUCAAUAUCAAUAGCAAUAGCAAUAACAAUAGAUUAUUGAGAGAAGCUGAAGAUGUUUCAGACAGUAUAAUACGACAAGAAGAAACACAAGAUGAGGAGGCCAUCUCACAGCAGCUUCCUUCUUCAUCGCCACCGCCUGCUUCAUCUCCAGCAUCAGGUGUACAUCGGAUUCGGAAACGAAACAUUCGCUUGAUAUUAACCUACACAUGGAUCAUCUUUGCGGGUCGAUCCAUUUGGAAUCAAAAUGUCUUGGCCACCUUUUGUUUCCUCUUGUCUGGCAAGGACCCCAAAUUGGUGGGCUACUUGACGGCCGCCAUGGGAAUUUGCCAAUUACUUGUAAGCUUCCCAGUUGGUUACCUUGCGGAUAAGUACCGGAGAGACCAUUUGCUCAAAUUAGCCUCGUGCAUCGGAAUGGUGGCAGCCGGAACCACCCUGAAGGUAUUGUUUUGGAAUGGACAUCAGCAUCAGCCAACCUAUUCGGCGUUGAUGUUUUCGCUGUGUAUCUGGGGUUGCUUUUGGGGAAUUGCCAAUACUUGUCUGACGGCGGUCUUUGCCGAUUCGAUUGAAAAUGGUGAACGAUCCAAGUACUUUACGAAGAGGAGUAUUCUCAUUAAUCUGGGAAAUCUGUCGGGCCCGACUGUCGCAUUGACCAUGUUUUUGAUACUGGGCAAUGAAUGGACGUUAAUGGAUUGUGCCUAUGUUAUGGGUACUGGGCAAAUAAUAUGUUUACCAGCAAUGGUCUUAUUAUGCUUCCUGAAGGAUCCACAAUGGCAAGAACAACAAGAAUCACGUCCUGAGGAUUGUGACGACAUGGUUGAAACGAGUCGUCAGGAGGAGGAUUCCUUGCGGACACCGUUGCUGUCGGACCUUGAAGAAGAAGCUGACGACGAAAGAUCCAUACAAGCAAAUGGGCGACAAGGCACUAGUACUCCACCUGAAACUCGUCCGCAUCGAGAUGAAACCUACAAUGCCUCGAAACUGGCCAGUAUGCUGAGUUACUUGUGUGGUGGUUGCUGUUUGCACAGCGAUGGUGGACCACCGAAACGAAUCAUUCCAUCAUUGGUGGCUUCCGCAGAUGUGCUGUCGGGCUUGGCAUCUGGCAUGUCCAUUCGAUAUUUUGCCAUUUUUCUCUAUGAUAAUUUGCACUUGAAGCCAGUUCAUGUGCAAUUGCUAUACAUAAUUGCUCCUUUACUACAAGCGUGCUUGGCCAAACUCGGACAAGUGUUGGCCAAGUCGUAUGGGCGAUGCAAAGUUACGGUUGCCUUCAAGUGGAUUGGAGUCUCUUUUAUGAUGGCCAUGGUCACAGUGACGAAACUCAGCCAAGAAAGAAUUGAAAAUGGCGAUAAACUUGUUAUUGCAAUGAUUUGUACAUUGAUGGUGAUAAGAACAGGCUUUAUGAAUGCCACGAGUGCCUUGACCAAGUCGGUCUUGAUGGAUUACGUCCCCAAUGACGAACGGGCCAAGUGGAGUGCCCUCGAGAGUUUCAACAUGUUCAGUUGGAGUGGAAGCGCCGCUUUGGGUGGUAUCUUGGUGGAUUAUCACGGGAUUCUGUUCAACUUUUGCAUUACGGCGAGCUUGCAGUUUGUAGCAACCUGGCCUCAUUUGUUGUUGGCCCGAGCUGCAGUAUUACGAACGAAUGAGAAUGAGAAUAAUACGCAUAAUCAUCCAGAGAGAAGUCAAAUCGAGGUGGACCGAAGUAGCGACAGAAGUAAUACUGACGGGCGAGAUAGAAGAGAUGCUAUCGCUUAA